AUGGGGGAUAAGUUGACCAGAAUUGCAAUUGUCAACUCUGACAAGUGCAAGCCAAAGAAAUGUCGACAAGAAUGCAAGAAGUCCUGCCCCGUUGUCCGCACGGGCAAGCUCUGCAUCGAAGUCGACCCAACCAGCAAAAUCGCCUUCAUCUCUGAGCGCCUCUGCAUCGGCUGCGGCAUCUGCCCCAAGAAAUGCCCCUUCGACGCCAUCAACAUCAUCAACCUGCCCACGAACCUCGAGACGCAGGUCACGCACCGCUACAGCGCCAACAGCUUCAAGCUGCACCGUCUGCCGAUGCCGAGGCCGGGGCAAGUGUUGGGGCUGGUGGGAACGAACGGUAUCGGCAAGAGCACGGCGUUGAAGAUUUUGGCUGGGAAGUUGAAGCCGAACUUGGGGAGAUACGAUAACCCGCCGGACUGGGAGGAGAUUCUGAAGUACUUCCGAGGAUCGGAGUUGCAGAACUACUUCACCAAGGUGCUCGAGGACGAUCUCAAGGCAGUCACCAAGCCGCAGUAUGUCGACCAGAUCCCCAAGGCUGUCAAGGGCGAGAACCGCUCGGUCGGCUUCCAGAUGAAGCAGCGAUGCCAAGUCGGGCAAGAGCGUCUGGAGGAGAUUGCAGACGUGCUUGAGCUCAACCAAGUCUGGGACCGUGAUGUCGACCUGUUGUCCGGUGGUGAGCUGCAGCGUUUCGCCAUUGCCAUGGUGUGCGUGCAGAAGGCGGAUGUCUACAUGUUCGACGAGCCCUCCUCCUUCCUGGAUGUCAAACAACGUCUCGCCGCCGGCCGCCUGAUCCGCAGCCUCCUUCGUCCGGACUGCUACGUCAUCGUCGUCGAGCACGAUCUGUCCAUCCUCGACUACCUCUCCGACUACAUCUGCUGCCUUUACGGUAAGCCCGCCGUCUACGGUGUCGUCACCGCCCCCUUCUCCGUCCGCGAAGGGAUCAACAUCUUCCUGGACGGCAACAUCCCGACUGAGAACCUGCGUUUCCGCGAGGAAUCCCUCCAAUUCCGUAUCGCCGAAGCCAGCGACGACUACCAGAACGAAAAAGCCCGCGGCUACUCGUACCCCAACAUGACCAAGACGCUCGGCAACUUCAACCUCACCGUUAAGAGCGGCGAGUUCACCGACUCCGAGAUUGUAGUAAUGAUGGGAGAGAACGGUACCGGCAAAACGACCUUCUGCCGCAUGCUCGCGGGUGCCGAGAAGCCCGACGGCGGCAAGCAGAUCCCCGCCAUGCACAUCUCCAUGAAACCGCAGAAGAUCACGCCCAAAUUCCAAGGCACCGUCCGCCAGCUCUUCUUCAAAAAGAUCAAAGCCUCCUUCCUCUCCCCUCAGUUCCAAACGGACGUCUACAAGCCCCUGAAAAUGGACGACUUCAUCGACCAAGAAGUCCAGAACCUGUCGGGUGGAGAACUGCAACGCGUCGCCAUCGUCCUCGCCCUCGGCCUCCCCGCCGACAUCUACCUCAUCGACGAGCCCUCGGCGUACCUGGACUCCGAGCAGCGCAUCAUCGCCGCCCGCGUCAUCAAGCGCUUCAUCAUGCACAGCAAGAAGACGGCCUUCGUCGUCGAGCACGACUUCAUCAUGGCCACGUACCUGGCGGACCGCGUGAUUGUGUUCGACGGCCAGCCGUCGGUGAAGUCGCAGGCGAAUGCCCCGGAGUCGUUGUUGAGCGGGUGUAAUCGGUUCCUGAAGAGUCUUAACGUGACGUUCAGGCGGGAUCCGAAUACGUACCGUCCGCGGAUUAAUAAGUUGGAUAGUCAGCUCGAUACGGAGCAGAAGGGGAAUGGGAAUUACCUCGUCCCAGUGGUCCAUUCAACCCCUGCCGUAGGCGUAGGCGGCUGCUGCACGAGCGCCCUCGGCACCAAGCGCUACCGCGGCGUCAAGAGCGGCGCCGAUGAGGCGUUAGAGGAAGAGGAGGGCGAGGCGGAGGAUGACGAGGAGGAUAUCCUGGUGCGGAGCGGCGUCGUCUAUCUCAUGUGCUCACUCCCAAAGGUGAGAGCUUGGGGAGGGGAUGUGAGGUGUAUGGACGAUGCGUGA